AAACCUAAACCUUCAGAUUUUGAAUAUAUUAAAGUCCUUGGUGUUGGCUCAUAUGGUAAAGUGCUAUUAGUGCGUGAAAGAAAAACAGGUAAAUUAUUUGCUCAAAAGCAAUUGAAAAAAGCUUCAAUCAUCUUACAAAACAAGACAGUGGAAAGAACAAUAAAUGAAAAGUCCAUUUUAGAAAGUGUUAGUCACAAUUCCAUCGUUAAAUUAUAUUAUGCGUUCCAAGAUUAUGAUAAAUUAUAUUUGAUUUUAGAAUAUCUUGAUGGAGGUGAAUUAUUUCAACAUUUACAACAAGAGAAAUUUUUAAGUGAAACUAAUGCUGCUGUUUAUCUGGCGCAAAUGGUUUUAGGUUUAGAACAUUUACACAACAUCGGUAUUGUCUAUAGAGAUUUGAAACCAGAGAAUUGUCUACUAGAUUCAAAUGGAUAUUUAGUGUUGACUGACUUUGGAUUGAGUAAAGUUGGUCUGAAUGAUGAUGAACUAUGUACCUCGUUGAUAGGAACUCCAGAAUAUAUGGCUCCAGAGAUUCUUCAAGAUAUUCCUUAUGAUUAUGCGGUGGAUUUUUGGUCUCUUGGUUGUGUUAUGUUUGAUAUGUUGACAGGCUCACCACCAUUCACUGGUAACAACAACAAAAGAAUCAUGGAUAAAAUAUUAGCCAAUAAGUUUAAAGUUCCAUUUUAUUUAUCACAAGAUGCCAAAGAUUUACUAUUACGUUUAUUAAAGAAAAAUCCAGAAAAAAGAUUAACAAAUUUCCAAGCCGUCAAAUCACAUAGAUUCUUCAGAAAGAUCAAUUGGAAAGAGAUAGAGAAUAGAGGUUUUGAACCACCAAUUGUUCCAAUAAUUACUGAUCCAAUACUGGCUGAGAAUUUUGAUAGUGAAUUCACAGAAAUGAAUAUUACACCA